CCAAUUUGUGCUUUUAUUGGGAAAGGGCGAACCUUUCGAAGAGGUGUACUUUAUGGCCACGGUACAAAACCGCACUUCUUACUGGGAACGGGCCAAGGAGCAAGGAUUCGACCUUUCCUGGUUGAGUCAGCUUGAGGAAAGCGUUACCGGUAAGGAUGUUGACGAGGUAUCCAGGAACGAUACAGGCCGGGUCGAAGGUUCCAUACCCCGCAACAAUGUUCCUCGGUUCGGAGCCUACACCUUCCGGACCAAGAGCGAGGUUUGGGCACAUAACCUGACCAAGCUCUACCACGAGUUUGUCACCCGCCAGUGGAGUUCCGCCACAGACAUCCCUUGGGAUACCAUCCAGGAACUGCCCGAUGACGUAGAGGCUGCUCAAUGUCAGUUGGCUACAUUCUUCGCCCAGGUGGAGUUUGUCGCCUCCGAUGUCCCGGGUCGGUUCAUUUCCUCAAUGUCCCCCGACUACCACGAGGUCCGGCUGGCUCUGCUGGCACAGGUUAUGGACGAGUCCCGCCAUCUGGACGUUUUCCGGAAGCGUGCCUUGGCCAACGGUGGCGGCCUGAUGCGAAUGAUCGACACCGUCAGCGAUGUCGUCGGUGGCAGCACGGAUAACGCCCGCGAAUUCACCGAGCUUUCGUCCCGCCUUCACAUCACUGGUGAAGGUAACGUAUUGACCCUCUUCCGGCUCGGCGAACUCAUGGCCUACAACGAGGCGGAAAAGGCGAUCUACCGGCGUUGCGCCCAGGACGAGGCGCGCCAUGUGGCCAUCGGCGUGCUUCACCUCCGCUACAUGAACGAAUUCGCCCCUGACCGGCGCGAAGAGAUUCACGGCUACCUGGAUGAGGGUGAAGCCCGACAGGCCACCGGAGCCGGUGGCGAGAAUCCGGCAGGGGUCAACACGCUCACCAGCGAGGCCUUGGCCGUUCUGCUCGGUGGCGGCAAGGACAAGGUUGAAGAGGGCCAGAAGAUCCUGAUGGCCAUCCGGCAACGGCAGGUCAAGGAGUACUUCCAGCGCCUCAAGUCCGCCGGUUUCGACGACCGGAUCCACAACGGCCGGGUCAAUCCCGCCUUGCUCGAGACCUACCAAGCGGCUGCGUAG